CAAUAAUCGUGCAGGUAAAUACACAUUAGUGGACCAUUUGAUUGCUACUAAUCUUGACUACAACUGCUUGACUUUGCUUCACCUUUGAAAUCGUCGUUUCUGGAGUUCAUCAGAAAGAACUAUGAAUAUGUCUUGCUGGAUGUAUGUGGACUACUAGUAUCAGUACUUCAUUCCCUCACUACUUCCUAUUUUUGAUUGUGCAAGCAUGAUUUUCCGACUUGGCAUUCUUGUUAUUCUGGUUUUAACAACAUCAAAUAUAUCUGUAUUUGCGUUUCCAGGCAAUGACACUGAUCAGCAGGCAUUGCUUUCUUUUAAAGCUUCAAUAACAGCUGACCCGUCGGGUGUACUAGACUCAUGGAACAAUUCCAUCCACUUCUGUCAGUGGAAUGGCAUUACCUGCAGUCCUAGACGGCAGAGAGCAACAGUACUCAACCUCAGCUCGCAACACUUGGUGGGAACAUUCUCUCCACAUAUUGGAAAUCUCUCCUUUCUCAGGGGAAUUUACCUCUCCCAAAACAACUUUCAUGGCUCAAUUCCAAAUGAAAUUGGCCUGCUUUUUCGCCUACAAAAUCUUGAUCUAGGAUUAAAUUCUUUUCAAGGCGGAUGUCCUCCCAAUCUGAGUAAUUGUGCUGAUAUCAGAAACAUUACUAUGAGUCACAAUAAUCUUGAAGGAAAACUACCUACUACGUUUGCUUCUUGGCCUAAGCUUUACUGGUUUGAUCUGCAAGAGAAUCAUUUUACUGGGUCGAUUCCUCCUUUAAUAGGAAAUACAUCUUCUCUCCAUUUUCUACAUUUAAGAGCUAACAAUCUAGUGGGAAAUAUACCUUCAGAAGUUGCUCAUCACACAAAAUUAGAGGUUCUUUGUUUGUCCCUGAACUAUUUGUCUGGUAUGGUUCCACGACCACUUUACAACCUCUCAUCCCUCUAUAUUUUUAGUCUAACUCAGAAUAAGCUAAAAAGAACGCUUCCAGCAGAUUUGGGUGUCACCCUUCCUAGGCUGCAAGGUUUUCUGGUUUCAGCAAACAGAUUUUCAGGGCCACUUCCAGCAUCAAUAACUAACGCGUCUGAUCUUACUACUUUGGACGUCGUAGUAAACAGUAUUACUGGGACUAUACCAAACAAUCUCGGCAGCCUUCCCAAUCUUGAAUGGCUAAAUCUGGGGCAUAAUCCACUUGGAGACAGUACGCGUCCUGAUGACUUGAGCUUCUUCAAUUUUUUGGCUAAUUGUACCCAUCUAUAUCAUUUAGGCCUUGGUCAGAGUGGUCUACGAGGGCAGCUCCCGAAUUCCAUUAUAAAUCUCUCCACCACAAUCCAACUACUGUUUCUUUACAGUAAUCAUAUAAACGGAAGCAUACCUCGUGAAAUCAGAAAACUUAAGAACCUGUCAGUACUUUCGUUCUCAGACAAUUUAUUGACAGGGACCAUUCCAGAAUCAAUCUGAGAGCUAUCUAUGUUGGAAAAACUACAUUUAAAUGGAAACAACAUUUCAGAUUAUGGAAUGGGUGCGGAGAUAUCAGCAAAGGGAGAUGUUUAUAGCUAUGGCAUUCUUCUUCUGGAAUUGUUCUCAGGGAAGCGACCCACAGAAAGCAGCAUAUUACCGGAAAAUGGUAAUAAUCUGCAUGACUAUGUGAGAAAGGCAAUCCCGCAAAGAGUGAUGGACAUUGCUGACCCAAGAAUUGUACUAGUUCAAGAAGAACUUGGACUGACUGUAAAUCAAUCAUACAGCAGGGCUACCAAUAAUGGUAUGCCUGGCUUCCAUAUUGAAGUGGGGAUAUCAUGUUCAGAAGAGACACCCCGAAAACGCAUUGACAUCAGAGUUGCUGUUAAAGGUUACAAAUGGCAAGAAACAAAGUUCUGCAGUGCAUUCAGUAACAAGAAAUCUCUCAUGGAUCAAAGUUAUGGAACAUGUAAAAUGAGUCAACAAUAAGUCUUUUUUAUUUUGAGUUGAGCAUGCUCAAAUUUGCUGCCAUGUUAUCACUUGGUUUACCGCAAUUUCCUCUUCUUUGCUAUGAGUUGGUAAUGGUCCUAUACCAGUGAUUUAAGGCUGAUUUCAAAACUGAAUUGCUGUCACCAGAUAAAGCUGAGAACACGUACGAGAAAAAACAGAGGAAGCAGAUGCAACCUCAGCUUAGAACUCCUAUUAAAUCACAGGCUCCACCACCGAGCAGAGGUAAGAGUUUGUAAAAUUCACAGCAAGCCUUAAAGGAUGUUGAUUAAAAAGCAUGGAAAAUUAUCACCGAUCCACAGGGAUGACAACUUUGUGAUGAGUUUAUUGUUUCUAUAAUUUGAAAUCUGAGAUUUGACGCGCCAAUUCUCAGUUCUAUAAUUUUUGGGAUUCUGACAUUUACGCUCAUGGGAGUCCUUAUAGUGCAUUUAUUAAACGAGGGCAAGGAUAACAAUUUGCAAUCAGUGCGGAACAUUUAGUCCCACUACUUAAAGCUCCGCUGUGAAGAUUGUUCUGGAAGAACAAUUAUAUCUGUUCAGUGCAGACUCUGGGAAAUAAUGGACUUACUAGUUGUCAUGAUUCAGGUAAAAAUGUUAAAGCUGUUACACGUCGAACACACACAGAGUUGUAAGGUCACAUGAUUUUCAUGUGAACCGGACAGAGAUUUUAAUAUGUUCAGCGUAGUGAAUAGGAGAGAAAGUCUGGCACUGCUGGUGUGAUAAACCCCGCGGUCUGGUCUUCGUUUCAGAUAAACAAUACAUGAGAACUGGAGAUGAUUAAGUAUUACUGAUAUGGUAAAAAGACAAUGAUCCUUAGAUCUAAUUAUAUGGCAAGUACUAAUAAGUACUGACACCUAACUUUAAACUCAAAAGGUAUCGUAGAGAAAUUUAGAAGGUACUCUAGAACUGUUUAUUGUCGCCUUGAUCACAGCUUAAUGAUGCUUAAGAAUAGUUUACAAACUGUUUUGCGGAUAUCUGAGUUAUCUCUGAUCACAGCUUAAUGACGUUUAAGAAUAGUUUACAAACUGUUCUGCGGAUAUCUGAGUAAUUUCUGAUCACAGCUUAAUGAUGUUCAAGAUUGAAGUCUGCUUCAACAAGACUUUCUUCUUGGCUCCUUUCUUCAAGUUUGAAUAUCUUGCAUUAGAUUUUAAGGUAUUUUGUUUUCUUAUGAGUUAUUUCAUCAGACAAAGUAGGUAUCGAUUCGUACGUAUUCUAUUUAAUGUGCCUAAAGGGUGCACUCCAUUUAUUUUGUGCCCUGUCAUUGUUGCCGGGUUCAACUGUACUGUAACACACUGUCUCUUUGAAAUUUGACCCCAUGUUCUUGCAAUUUACGAUUGUGGUUCUGAAUCUGGAUCCGCUACUGCAAGUUGUUAAACAUCAAGACGUUAAACGUAGUGAAGAGGUUACAAACUGCGUUUAAAUUGUUGAAAAAUAGCGGCAAUGUAGAACGUAUUUAAGGCUAUACUGUAUCUGGUUCGUGGGUACAUUUAUAUUUUUAGCGCGAAAAAGGGUAAAUCGAUGAAAGACUGCAGGUUGAAAGGGGAAUAUGCAGGGGACCAUUCUGGUUUUCAGAACUUAUGUUCUGAGUUCACAUGUUUUAGCUAGUGAAUUUAAGCAUGAAAGGGUGAAAAUUUGACUGUAUAGAGGAGACGCGUAACGACUGUUUGUGAGGCUUGAAAUAUCAGUUCAUUUCGUAGCUUUAAU